UCAUAUUAAACGGUGAAUACUGACGUUCAAACCGAGUAACAUUCAUUUUAAUGUAACUAUGAAAUUUGCUUAUUCACAUAUAUCUAAAUUUUAACGUUCAAGACGGUUUAAAAAUCAAAUUUUGUACGUGAUCGAUAUGACAAAGUCAUAGUAGGUAUACCUCGGGCAAUAUGAAACAUUCAUAAAGAUAAACACUCACAUAGGCAAGGAAACGCGUAAAAUAAUAAAUUUUUAAUUAACCAUACAAAAUUCAUUAAAACUAAUAAAUACAAACUGACUCAUUUAAAACCACAUUAUUUUGAAUGAAAUUAUGGCCGAUUCUUAUGACUAUUUAUUUUGUGUGAUUUCCAUGAGAUAAGAGUUUUGGGUCAGACAAAAUCGUAUUUAAAGGAACUCCCGAGUUCGGUCGAGUUAGUCUUUCCAACAAAGGUUUGUUUAGAAGGAUUCGUCUGCAGCCAGUAUAUCAAGGUUUAAGGUCAAGAGUAUAUUUGAAAGAUGGCUGCGAAAGAAAAGAAGUCAUUUAUCAUAUACCUACUACUGAUUUCUUCUGUACUGUCACAGACAUAUGGUCAGAAUGGAUUUACUAAUGGGGUAGCCGGACACAGUGCAUCUUCAUUUAAACAAACACACUCGAACUUUUAUUAUCCAGCAACAGGAGCAAAUAUUUACCCACACCCGGCAGCCAAAGGCUAUUUACCAGUUUCCGCCUUAAAUUCGUACAGUUCUUAUCCAGUUAAUGGUCAGUACUGGACAGGUCAGCCAUACCAUUACGCCAACUACCAGCAAUAUCCUCAGUAUCAAAAUCAAGGGUUUUGGAAUUAUCCGGGAUAUAACCAAUAUUACCCACAGCAAUAUGGAUCCGCCCAUCAAAUGGCAGGGUAUAAUAGCUAUUAUGGACAGUAUCCUUACUUCGAUGCCCAGUACUGGACAGGAAACCAGUAUUAUCCAGCCCACGCGGCGCAAAUGUAUAUGCAUCCUCCGGUUUACAUGCAUCCGGUUCCGGUUUACCACAAACCGAUGUACUACAGAGGUCACCAAAUGAUGUAUAACGGUCACUACCCGUACCAAGCUGUACAAUAUCCGUAUUACGGCAACCAGUACGACAGGGGAUUUUUUGGAGGAACCGGUGGGGAUUUGGCAAAGGGACUUCUUGGUGCUUUAUUAGUCGGCGCAGUCGCUGGAACAGUAGCUCGCAGAGGAAAAUAAUUGCUUUUUUUAUAACUUACAUCUAUUGAUUGAUGAUUCUUUUUUUUAUCAGUUUAAACAUACAAUGUAUGUGAAAUGCAUUUGUGAAAGAUGUUUUCAAACUGUUUGUAUUUUUGUAAUAAAAAAUAUUUAUUUUUCAA